AAUCUAUCCUUGCACGUUUAUAUGGUUAUUUACAGCCGACAAAGCUCCAAAUUUCAAUCCUAAAAGGUUUGUGUUUUCCUUUGAUGUUUGUUCCAACCGAACCAAAAAAACCUCGACAACAACAUAGACGAAAACAAUAAGAGAUGAUACAAGAAACAAAGAUUUGUUAAUUAACAUGCAUGGAUUAACUAUGUUCCUUUCUCUUUCUUCCACUCUUCAAUUUCUUCAACCAUCUUCAUGCUUCCAAAACCAAACGAGUUCUUCAAUUUCUAUGGCUAGUUUCAAACCCAACCAUAGAAGAUGUGUGCUCAAUUAUUCAAACUGUUACACCAACAAAAAGCAGCAUGGAAGAGGUGGCAAUAGAAUGAGGGUAAUUGUGAGAGCAAAGCGUGGUGAGUCUCCUUAUGAAGUUCUUGGUUUGUCUCCAUCUGCAUCUGUGAAUGAAAUCAAAAAGGCUUAUAGGAAACUUGCGCUUAAGUAUCAUCCUGAUGUUAAUAAAGAGGACAAUGCACAGGAGAAAUUUUUGAGGAUAAAACAUGCAUACAAUACAUUGCUAAAUUCUAGUUCCCGCAGAAAGUAUGAUUCUGGAAAUCGUGGUUCUAACUCUUCUCAAAGAAGCCAGAGUUGGAAUCAACAAGUUGAAGAAGAAUUUUAUGGAUUAGGUAAUUUUUUGAGAGAUGUUCAAAUAACAAUAGGAGACUUCUUUAAGGAUCUUCAAGAAGAAUUCAAGAACUGGGAAGCCAGUGCGGCUUCACAAGGAAAGCCGAAGAGCUUAUGGGAGGAGUUGUCGGAAAUAGGCGAAGAAUUUGUGGAGUUCCUCGAGAAAGAACUCAAUAUUGUUGAUUCAAAUGACAAUCCUCAGGGAGGAAAUUCAUCUAAUUUAUAUGAAACAGAGACACCAAGUAACAGCACUCAAGGUGGAGCUAACGUUGAGGAUAACCUUGAUGAAAUAGAAGCAACUCUAGCUAGGUUAAAAAAGGAGUUAGGCUUAUAGAACACAAUGAUAGCUGGUUGAAGAGGAAAUGCCAAUUUAUUGCUUCUCAUUUAUUUAUCUUUUGGUGGCUCUUGUAAAUUUGAGUCACCAAAUUGAAAAGUAAAUAUGUAAUUUAGUCCUUGAAAUUGUAGGACUGUAUCAAUAUAGUCUUCCAUAUAUCAAUUUUUCAAAAUGAUAUUUUGAAUUGCAAAAUGUUAAUAAGUUUGUCCUUCUGUUUGA